AAAAGGGAUGAGCAAAUGCAAAAAAGCACUGUGUGCUUUAAGAGUAGGACAGGAGUAUGUAAAACGGAAGCAAAAAUCUCAGGGGGUCAGCAGCAGCAGCAUCGCCUCUUCGUUUCGGCUGCGCGAAAUUUCCUCGGCGGCCGAGCUUUCCUCAACUGCCCCGGCAAAAUGGGCAAGCCGCCGCGUGUUAUUGCCCAUUUGGCUCUGCUCCUGCUUUUCUGCGUCAGUGCCUCAAUCGCCGACCCUGCUGACAUCAAAACCCGCCUGCAAGACCUCGGCGUUAAUCAACACGUAGAUAUUCCUCCAGAGGGAACUAAGAAUCCAGAUGUCAAGCUCUUCGAUGAGCCAGCGAACAUUUCUGGAAAGCCGGUCAUCGUAACAGUCCACCUGCAAAUUUUGGACAUCAAUCAGAUUGAUGACGAUUCCCAGGACUUCAGCGUGACCAUGUACCUCCGCCAGCAGUGGAAGGACCCGCGACUGGCCUUCAAGGAUCCCAAGACGUCCAGCCUGGUGCUCACCGACCCGAGCAAGAUCUGGGUGCCUGAUUUGAUGUUCCUAAAUGAGAAGGAGGGCCGGAUUCACGACAUCACCAGCAACAAUGCCUUCAUUCGCAUUCAAAAGGAUGGCGAAGUCCUCUAUAGCACGAGGCUGACUGUUGCACUUUCCUGCCCGAUGGACCAUUCCGAGUUUCCCAUGGACGAGCAAAUCUGCAAAAUCAGCAUGGAGAGCUAUGCACAUCGCAAAGACGAACUGGUGUUCAUUUGGAAUGAUGAUCUUGAGCCCGUGGUCAUCAAUGAAAAACUCACCCUGGACCCAUUCGAGCUGCAGGCUUACGGCUACGACUACUGCACCUCCAACACCACCAGCGGUGAAUUCAGCUGCAUUGUGGUGGAGCUGAGUUUCGGCAGGUCCGCCCUGGAGCAGUACCUCGUGCUGGCUUACCUUCCCGUCGCAGCAAUGGUGAUCGUUGCCUACCUGACUCUGUGGGUUCCGGAGCGCCGGGGCCCACGCCUCAUCUGCGCCCUGUCGGCUUUCGGCGUCACCGCCCUGACCGCCGCUGUGAUCACCACCCUGGACCCUGACACCAACGAUUCCACGGCACUCGACUGCUGGGCCAAGUGGUCCGUUUUGUUCGCCUUCAUUCCAAUCCUCGCUAUUCUUGUCACUGGAUGUGGCCAGAUGGACAUUGAUGAUGACGCAGCCAAGGUUGUCGGUACCUUGAACUUCCCCGCCAACUCACUCUUCGAGUCAGCUUUUGUCGUCUUCCUUCCAAUUUUAUUCAUUAUUUUCAAUCUUGUUUACUGGUUCUACUACUACAGCAACGAAGGCUUGGACGGACUCGGCGCUGAAAAGAAGUUUGAAUUUUAAUAACAAAACGUUUGUCCACCAAAGAGCCAUGACGCUUUGGAAAUGUUACCCAUUAAUCAGAGUAGGCAUGAAAUGCUGAUACGGAUGCUUCCAUAUUCAUGUUGAACGCCUUGUUUAUGAUUGUUAGUCCUGCCUGAAGUAAACCUUUCAAAUUUACUCAAGGAUUUUCUAUUAACCGUCUUUUAGGCAUGGUGUAAAAUAAAACGUUAUCUCGCGCCUGUAAAAUUUCGAAGUAUUCAGUUGGUUGUACUGCAGUAAAUAAAAAUACUAUAUAAUGUGGUUCUAACUGAA